AUGCAAUCAACAUCCUAAAGAAAUCUCUUAUUGACUAGUCCUACUAAGUAUUAAAAUUCUAUGAAAUUCAAUCAAACUCCAGAUGACACAGGAAAACAAAAAUAAUACUUUAUAAAGGAUAAGGAAGCCAUGUUUGAAGAAAUUCAAUCUCUUAAAUAAAGCAAAAAUUAAUUGUUCAUCAACAUUAAAAAGCUUUAAGCUUAAGUGCAAUAUUACAAGAAAGAGGCUGUGUACAAAGAAGAGAGCAGUCCCCUUAAAAGUUCAUCCAGAUUCAAAUAAUUAUACUAAGAAAGAAUCGCUAUUCUAGAGGUUUUUAUAAAUAAAAUUCUAAGGAAGAAAAUUGUAAAUUGCAUCAACAAUUAGAAGAAAUAUAAGCGUUUGUGAACUCACUCAAAAAUCCAUUAAGUUAAACUAAUUUAGAACUCUUAAGUUUACAAUUAUAAAACGAUAACCAAUAACUGACUUAAUUAUUAGAGGACAAAGAAUAUGAAAAUUAAGAACUUAAAGUAUUAGUAAUAAUUAUAUUUAGAAAACAAACAACAAAUUAACAAUUAAAUGUAAUGCUUUACAAAUUCAACAAAAUAAACUAAAAGCACUUAAUAAUUAAUUAUUAUUAGAGAUUAGUGAAUUGAAGAAAAAGUAGCAUCUUUAUGAAAGUAGAAUUUCUUAAAAAGAUAUUCCAAGAGUAGAUGAGAAAUUAUAAAUUGAAUUAGAGCAAACGAAAUUAGAAAUUAGAAAGUUCUAACAAUAAUUAAAACAAUAAGAACAAUCUUUUACUAAUUAAUUAUAAUUAGAAUAAGAUAAGAUAGAAAAAUUAGAAAAAAGAAAUAAAGAACUUUAAAAAACUGUUUCACUUCUUGAAAAUAAAUAUGAAUAAGAGAAAGUUAAUUAUCAACAAUUAUAAUAAUCAUAAAAGUUUAUUAGAAGAACUGUAAUACUUAAAACAAUUUAACCAGAAGAACCAGAAAAAUAUAUUGAAUAAGAAACCAAAAUUAGAAAAAUAGGUUAAAUUGAAAAAAGUGAAAUUUUACCUAUUGCUAAGAAAAUUAAAUUAAAUUUAAUAGCUUAAUAAAUAUCAUUAAAAUAAGUUGAAUAAUAUCUUCUUACAAAUGAGACUCUUACUUUAUUAUAAUUAGAAGAGAAUUUGAGUGGCCAUAUAUUUGGUUUAAUUGAAGAUGAUGAAAUUUCAUAAUUAGCUACUUAUUUAGCAGAUCUUGAAAACAAUGAAAUUGAAACUACAGCUUUAAGAGUUAAAAGUAUUUUUAAGAAUUUAAUGGAAAAUUAUACUAUCUUGACUAAUAAUGAAUUAUAAGCUAUUAAUCAAAGUAUUUCAAAUAAAAGAACUUAGAUUAAUGAAUAUUUAACAAAGAAAUAUCCUCAAAUAUUUACAAAUGGAUAUAUAAGUAUUGAUGUAAGAUUAUUUAUAAAUAUAUUUAUUUAGUAAUAUUUGGAUACAUUAUAGAAUCUAGACAUUCAAUUAAACAAAAAUGAAAUUGAUCAUUUAAUUGCUUUAAUUACUAAGUACAAUAGAUCACCUAGAGUUUUAUUGUAAUAAAUUUAUGCUCCAUUUUACAUUUGUAAUGAACCAAUUUCUGAUGAUGAUGAAUCGACCUUUAAUUAACCUGUUGCAUAAUUGCAUAAUCCUAUGUAAUUAUCAGAAGAUGAAGAAUAAUUGAGUGCUUUAGACAUAAAGAUGUGCAAUUCAUAGGAAUUAAGAAAGAAGAGUCAUACUGAACUCCCUUAAUUUUGA